CAAUUAAUUUGACUCAAAUCUAGCUGUGAUACAGAUACUAAAGCGUAAAAUCAUGAUUAACUGACAGCAUGUUGGACUUUGACUAUCAUCAAGACUUGGCUAGAUCAUUAGAUGUUAUGGCCAACGGUUCACUGUCCGUAAAUUAAUAAAAAAAAAUCUACGAAAAUGCCUUCGGGUUAAUUACCUUAUAGCUCCACCUAUGCCCCUCUAUAUAAAAAGACCUGAGCUAACAGAAAAUUCAAUAUUGCAAAUUUGGCAGUCCAUAAAUUAGCACCAAUUUUUUACUGUUGCUUUUAGUUGGUCCAUAAUGGAGUACGGUGGAUAUUUUAGUAUUAGCAAGCUGCUAAUUCUCUUGGUCAUUGUAACCCUUGCCUCUUCAAUCCCAGCUCCAGUCCCUGAACCCAGACCGAUUGGUGGCAUCGGAGGCAUCGGAGGCAUCGGAGGCGUCGGUGGCAUCGGCGGCGUCGGUGGCGUCGGUGGUCUAGGUGGUGUAGGUGGAGUCGGUGGUCUAGGUGGUGUAGGUGGAGUCGGUGGCGUCGGGGUGCUCGCCGUCAAAAAGGUCGGUUAUGCCGGCAUUGGUGGUCUUGGCGGCGGCUACGGCGCCGGCUACGGAGGUGGAUUCGGCGGUGGCCACGGAAGCUUGCUAGGCGGUCUGGGAGGAUACGGAGCCGGCUUCGGAGGCUACAGGGGAGGAUAUGCUGGAGGAUACGGAGGUGGAUACGGUGGUGGAUACGGAGGAGGAUAUGGAGGAGGAUAUGGAGGAGCAUUGGGCGGAGGAUACGCUGGCGGAUUAGGUGGUGGAUUCGCUCACGGUGGAAUCGGCGGAAUUGGAUUAGGAAGAUAAAUUAUUUUAGUGUGUAAUUAGAAUAAAAUAAAUUAUUUAUUUAUUA